AAUUACCUAAGUCACCUCUAGAUGUGUGGGAUUAAAAUUUGGAACGGUUAAUUCAGUUGGACAAUAACUUCAUUUCGAAAUACUGCUGCCAGGUUUAUUAUAAUUCGCAAUAUUUCAUGUACAUGUGUGAAUAUACAGUUUAGAAAGUUAGCGAUAGAAAAAUGUCUUAAUUUAUCUUUUAAUUAAACAACGCAGUCUAAUUAUACUCAAUGAAAAAACACGGUUCAUUAUAUUUUGGGAUCAUUUUAUCAGGAACGCGCUUCUGGCAACUCUAAAAAUAUUUAACCCUGAUAAGCCGCGAUCCGAUUGGUUGAUCUUCGAAAAUAAAUCGUACAAGGUAUAAAAGGGUCCCGCUAUCGACCUACAUACCAGUAGUUCGAUAAUUACUGAUGAUUGAAAAAUGUCCCGCGCCGCCACCACCACAAAAUGGCGGCCAACAACUGCAACUUACGAUUAUAAUUACGGCGUUGGCAUAAAUUUCUAUCAACCCAUGGUCGACUUCAUAGAAGAAAAAGAUAGCGGCAGAAAAAGGGGCCUGCCCCACCUUCCUUGGACGGAUGAGCUGGGCCUGGACCAAUACGAUCCCAUGAAAAUUAAAAGUUACUCCCAAGAUGAUCUCACGAGAAUAUCUCGUAAGACAGAAGCCAGUGCGAAGGAAAGGUUAAGAGACUUUAAGUCGUGCGCUAGUUCUACUUUUGUUCUCAGCAAAUCCGUAUCGGCAGCGUCAAUAACCGAAAAAGUAAAAACCGAAACGAAAAAGCAAAAAGCGAUCAUCAGGGAAAUUAAAAAGUUAAAAUCGAAAAUGUACGACGACCUCAGGGACUACAAUCCCGACAAAGACAAAGAAAUCGAAAGGCAGCUGAUGGCAUCCCAAAAAUACCUGCGAGGAAAGUCGGCCAGGGGAAUUGAGGCCCAAUUACUCUCCGAGAGUAGAAAAACCAUCUCCGAAGGAAUAGAACAGGAUAAGUUUACGCAAAGUACGCUACAAAAGUGUAGUAGUUCCCGUAGCUUACAUAAACACGUGAAAAUAAUGGAUAAAAGGAUGCAAGUGGAACUUGAAGACAGCUUUAUGGAACCCCUCAGUAAUCUAAGUACAGAAUUAAAAUGUUUCGAUAGAAGAUCGACGCAUUACUUCAUUGAUCAAAGGUGAAAAUGUAAUGUUGUGUGGUUACUUGUUA